CUUCUCCGCAUUUUAUGGUUAUUGUUCACCAAAGUAAGCCGAUGGGUCGAGCACGACAAGGAUUCUCCUUUUCUUAUUCUUCUUUGUCUCCCUCUUCAAAGAUCAAGAUGUCUUCUUCUUAACGAUUCAUAUCACACAGUUUGGUAUCGCAUAGCGUGGCUCACUUGCUAUCUGUUAUAUCUAUCCCUCGGGUUUAGAGAUCUAGUACCAUAUAUAUUCGUUGCAAGUCUUCAUGUCAACCACCACUUUCUUUACACUACCAUUCCUUGCCCUCGUCUCCAUACCUCUCGUCAUAUCAGCUUAUAUUACCAUCUGCUUUUCGGUGCUGGCUCUGUUUCUACGGCUUUCGGUGAUCUACAUCGAACUAUGCUAUGCGAUCAUCGCGAGCUAUUUUGUCAUUCCCACCUCCAACACCUCGUCCCUCUUAAACUUCGCCCCCUCUGAACCCACGACCCCGUUAGCUGCUACAACACCAAAGCGCCGGUCAUUGGAUUACGGCAGGACCAUCCAUUUCUCAGACCCCAGUUGCCACCAGUCCAACCCUGUUUCCCCUAGCCAUAGCCGACCAGGACGCGGCCAGCGACGCAACAGUUCACAUUUGGAAGAACCAAAUGACCAGGAUAGUACACUCCACGACAUCGACGGACGGCGAAUCCGAAGAGCAGAGCAUCAUAAAAAUGGUUACUACCCGUCAUUGCGCGGCUUCCUCGGCCUGAUUAGUGGCGACGAGAGGAGGGACUUCGAGGGCGUAGGCGGAUGGCGCUGUUGGACGUCAUCCUCUAAAGUCUAUGGACUUCAUUCAAGAUCCGUGUCUUCCUCUUCCAGUAACAGCGUAAGUGAGGAGGCCGAUGAGAGGGCCUGGCUUUCGAUCAAUAAUCGGUUGGAAUUACCAUCACAACCACUCGGCAUGAGGAAUAACGAGCUUUCGGAGCAUUCGCUACCCUGGAGGCACAGACAAAUGCUGGCCAGUCCUGAUGAUAGCCAUGGUCUCCACCAUCGCCGCUCAGCUACCACAUCGGUGCUGUCGAGCCUAAACAUCCGCACUCCGAACUCAUUAUCACUGGCUCUAUCGAUUCGGUCGGACAAUCCUGCAUUUGAAUCCCGGUCAAGAGCAGUAUCGCCACACUCACAGUCACGACAAUCAAUAGGAGACAUUCCUUCCGUUAUGUUGAGCUCCUCCCAGACCAACAACUACGUUGUUAGUCCAGCCGAUGGCUCUGGCGGUUACUUCAGUUUACGACCUAGCAGUGGAGUUAGCAGCAGAACCACAACGCCGGGGAGCACGACACCGAUUGAAGAAAACAGGUCCCCGAGAGCUAUGGGUAGGGCCAUGGCGCACUACCCUGGUGGAGUGAGAUAUCGUCGGAGGAGCAUAUCUGGUCCCAAUUCAAGCGCUCGAAUCGUGAGGUCUUCCUAGAGCUUGAGCGGGUUAGUGAUGAGAGGCGAUUUGUUGUGAUAAUAUACCGAAGCUUUCUCUAGGAAAUGUCGGUAGAAUCAUCAGAGGAGGUCAUAGGGAUCGUCAAAUAUUCGUGAAAUCCCCAAUGGAAAUAAAUUAAUUGCCAGAAGACCCAUUCCGAGUAUAGUAGCAUACUAGUAAGUGUACAUACGUAGGUACUUGUACUUGGUAUGUCCUCCGUACGAGUGGUAGUGUUCGGGUACGAUACGAUACAAUACCCUCGGGAUGUUCCAGCAGGAACAGUUGAGCGUCAUCAUCCUCUGUUGGGGUUCCCACUUCUCACUUCCGCCCAAUCAUUCCUUUAUAAUUAUCUUUUUGCUUGCU